UUUUAGUUGUUCUCUAGUGUUGAAGUGGUUUCGCGAGUGCUGUAAAACAACUAUUUUUUUUUCGUUUUCGGUCCUACCUUUCCGAGAGCAUUUGACUGCCACGGCGAAGCGUGAAUCGCGUGCCAGCGCGUGUGUGCUGCUUCUGGCUCUGGGGUGGUUAGUUCUUUGUUUGGUUCCGUUCGCGUUUGUCGCGGUUGCUAAGGAACGUGGAAAUUACUUUGAAAAUCCUCGGGAUAAAGUUUAGUGGUGCCUGUGCCGUGUUAACGUCAGUGGAUCCGAGAAACAACCUCAGCAGCCACCAAGGUGAAGUUCCAAUUCGGCGAACGAGUGCAAGCCGCCAUUUUUGUGUUUGUGUGUGCCUCCCAGUGUACUACUCUACUCAAUACUACCAUUGGCCUAGCCUAGCCUACUAAGACAGCCCACCCUCCUCGCUACCACCAUUCCCGUCGCCACCACCAUCAUCACCACCAUCACAGUAGCAUUGGCUCAAACAUUGGUUUCCUAUCCUCCCUAAACAACCGUGCUUCAUUCGCAUGGAUAAGCACAGCAGGUCCAAGCCGACACUCGAAGACUACAUCAUCGACAUGGAGACGCGGCCGCCCGACAGUGGCCAGGUCUCCGACAAGGACGUCUGGGCCCAGCUGCACCAGAAGGAGGCCGACCUGCUGCUGGCGGCCGAACUCGGCAAGGCGCUGCUGGAGAAGAACGAGGAGCUGAAGAAGCAGCAGGAAAAGCUGAUCGAUGAGUACUCGAUCAAGCUGGAGAAAUUGGAACAGGAGAAGUACAUUCUCAAGCGACAGCUGGAGAUUACGUCGAGCGAGAAUGAUGCCGUUAUCCUGGAACUGCAAGCGGACAUCAAGCAGUUCAAGCAGAAGCUUGACGCACAGGAGCAGAUUAUGCGCCAGAUGGAGCGGGAGAAAAAUCUCCUGAUCGAGGAGCUGACCGCUCAGAAUACCCGGCUCUCGAACGAGCUGAAGAAAUCGAAUGCCACCGAGAUGCAGCUGUCGGCGCAGCUGCAGGAAAUCAAGGAGCAGUGCAAUCGGCGAACUUUAAGCAUCCAGGAUCACGUCAGCAGUUUGGAAAGUCUGAAGAACGAGCUGCGUAUGAUUUUGGAGAAGAAGAACGAGCUGGAGAAUCGGUUGCACAUGACUGCGAACGAGAAGGAGAAUCUUUCGAUCGCGUUGAAUGAAGCCUCCGAGAGGAUACACAUUCUGGAGCGGAGUACCAAGGAGCAGGACACCAAGUACCAGAUGACCGUGCAGACGCUCGAUCGGCUAGAGCGAGAGAAUGGAACGCUUUCGGAGCGGCUGGAGUCGUUCGAUUCACAGCGAUCGCUUCACAGCGAUCCUAACCAUUCCUCACUGCUGCAGGAGAUGACCGGCGAAGACGAAACGAUGAUGGACGAUGGUAGUGCAUCGAACAAGGACGAGGCAACCAUGUUGCUGUUCAAGGAAGCCCAAUCAGUGUACAAGCAGCUCAAGACGCUGUGUCAGACGCUGCGGAGCACCUAUCACGAUGAUGAUUCGGGUCUCCACUCGGAUAUAUCGUUUAGUUCGCUGGACAACACACUGUCUUCGGCACCACAAUCGGUGGACGUCGGUAUCGGAAGUUCGGCCGGUCCGUCGCCAAACCAGAGCGGAACCAUGGGUAUGAGAAGCUCGAACGACAAGUUCACCCGCGGUAUGCUGUCCUCGGCGGCGGACGAACUGGUUCACAUCAUCAUGAACAUGGACGCGAUGCAGUUCAAAACGAUGUUCGAGCAAACGCGCGGUAUGCUGAUCGAGCAGGAGGAGGAAAUGAAGAAAAAGAACGAUCGUGUCAUGCAACUGGAGAGCAAGCUCUCAGUGCAGGAGGUCGAGCUACAAAGUGCAAUCGACGAGCGCAACCAGGCGCGGGAUGAUGCGUCACACUCGAGCCUGGCGCAGGACGAAACGGUAGUUCAGGCCCGCAAGGAUCGCGAUGCGGCCGUCGAGCGACGAACGAAGGCCGAAGUCGAACUGGCCAAGAAUCGGGUGGAACUGAUGCAGGCCAACAGCCAACUGCUGGAGGCCAUCCAGCAGAAGGUGGAACUGCUGCAACAACUCGAGCAGUGGCAGAUCGACAUGCACGAGCUGAUCGAGGAGCAGAUGAAGAAUAAGCUAAACAAUGAAACUAGUACAAAACCACAAACGCCUCAGCGUGGAGCGUCGUCGUCGUCGCAGCAGGCCGGUGGUUCCUCGUCAGCCGGUUCGACGGCCGGUAAUCGGAAAAGUAGGCUGUUAGAUUUGUUCUAUCACCGAUGAGAUGAGAGUCCAUGAUCGCACCAAAUUGACAGCAAGCUAAUUACGAACACUCACAACACAUAGGCUACCGCUCGCUGCUGUGGGACGUUCGUCUCUCGGCAGGCAGCAUCCUGUGAACGGUUCACAUUGCAUUUAUGUUCGAAACCUCUAAACUAUACAUUGUGACUGUUCUGGAUCGUUCACAAAGACACCGCCCGUCCGUCGGGGUCCGAUGCGAAACCUCAAAGCCUACUACUACUACCCGCUAGCUUGGACCAUGUGAUAGUAAAUCUAAUUGACAGUUCAAUUGACGAUUGUCAGUUCAUUUUUUUACGGUCAAAGUGCUGGUGGGACUUUGUGACAACAGUAUUUUUUGUAUAAAAGAAGAAAAAAACCUAUUCAAAUAUCAACCUGUUUUUAACAAAUGCUCCAUAAUUACGUGCAUAUCCACAACAACAACAAAAAAAAAAACAAGAUUAAAUCAGCCGACCAUAUCUUAUCCGAACGAAAAACUAUAGCUUAAAACGUAUAAUUUAUGUAACUGCUCUUACCUUCUUCUUUUGUUUUUACUACCGAUGUAACCAAAAAUGUAUAAUUGUGAGAGAAAACAAGGAAUCCUAAUAUCAAAGCGUACUUAAGUAAUCAAAUGGUUAAUUUAAUUUUAGUGGCAGUGAUUGGGCGCCGGCAAGAGUUGCGCUCGCAUGCGUUGUUCUGUGUGUUCUUUUGGGAUCAAUCAAAUCGGAAAUGUAGGUAUACUACGAGCUAAAGUGAUAACGCAAUGCCUUCUAGUGACAAGAGCAAAAUAAUCAAAGAAAGACAUUUUGAGAAUGGACUACCGACUGUAAGAGAAGAGAAGUGUAAAUAUUAAAAGUGAAUUGAAUGAAAAAUAAAACUAAAAUUAACCCAAGCUUAUGAGUAACCGUACUUUUGUUGAACAGCAACAGCUAAACUAAGCGCGCAGAAAGAAUGUUAAUUUAUCGACUAACAGCAACUUAUACAGAUUAUACCGAUAGCGAAAUUGAGCACGUUGACACGUUAACAGCAGCCGAUCCGCGAUUGUCUACCCUCUGAUAACUGUUGUAAACUAAAACAAAUGUGAAAAAUGAUAGAAUAAAGUAAUACG